AUGGCAUCGUACGCGCGUCUCAUCCGCUUCGUCCCCAAGGGCUCGACCACCACCCUCAUCGGUGAGCCCGUCGACGCCAACCUCGACGUUGGUGUCGCCAGCUACGAGGGCAAGCCCAUCGAGGUCAACGUCUUCUCGGGCUCGUCGGUCCUCUCGCCAGGUGAGAAGACUGGCAAGACCGAGACCGUCGACAGGAUCCUCUCCCCUAUCGCCAUGAGCGAGACCGGCACCAUCCGCUGCAUUGGCCUCAACUACCUCUCGCACGCCGAGGAGGUCCACAUGGCGGUCCCCACCGUCCCCACCGUGUUCAUGAAGCCCGCCCAGGCCCUCGCCGACCCCUUCCCCGCCCCCACCAUCAUCCCCAAGUCGUUCGUCAAGGACAACGCCGCCGACUACGAGUCCGAGCUCGUCCUUGUCAUUGGCAAGGACGCCAAGAACGUUUCGGAGGAGGACGCUCUCGAGUACCUUGCUGGCUACACCGCGUGCAACGACGUCUCGUCCCGCGAGGCCCAGUUCGCGACCACCCAGUGGUCCUACUCCAAGUCGUUUGACGGCGCCUGCCCCAUCGGCCCCGCCUUUGUCCCCAAGGAGGCCGUCAAGGACCUCAAGGAGGUCACCAUCGAGGGCAUCCUCAACGGCCAGACUGUCCAGAAGAGCAAGAUGGACGACCUGAUCUUUGGCGUCCCCAAGAUCAUCUCGUUCCUCUCGCAGGGCUCCACCCUCCCCAAGGGCACCAUCAUCAUCACCGGUACUCCCGCCGGUGUCGGAUGGGGCGCCAACCCCCGCCGCCUCCUCAAGGACGGUGGCGAGUUCCGUGUCUCGAUCAGCCACGGCGUGGGUACCCUCAUCAACAAGAUUGUUGAGGAGAAGUAA